AGAAAUGGGGAAAAGGCUAAGCUCUGCCCACGGCCUACCCAGGCUCUCCAAUUCUGAAUGAAAGCAGCCAAGCACGGGAGGUAGAGGAAUACACAUCCUGGCCCCUGCAGGACCCCCCUCUAGGGCAGGCAGCUCAGACUGCAACCGGACCAGUAGGCCUCGGCCCCUGACAGCCCUGAACGACGGGCCCCAUGCCCGCCGCCUGCCCCGCCAUGGGGGCCACAGCCCUAGCAGCUCUCCUCCUCAUGCUCCUGGCCUUGGGCGCUUCUGCUCAGGGAGGGCCCUCGGAGCAGAGAGAAGCCAUUCCAGAACAUUUCCCCAAAGAAGUGGGCUACGCAGCCCCUCCGGCCCCUUCCAGCCCGCAAAAGCCUGACCUCCAGGACCUCGUCAUCUCCCAUCGUGCCUUUGAGGGACAGACGGAAGCCCAGGACUUCUUCGAAGACUUCCCUCUACAGCAGGCCCAGAGCCCUCAGAAACUGUCUCUGGGGAAGAAAGAGCCCUCUCCCAGCAGAGCGGUGCCCAUCCAAAAGGAAGUGGAGCCCCCUCGCCAUCUUCCCAUGGACCAGAGAGAAGCGCAGUCUUCCUCCCCCGCUCUGGAGUCUGAGGAGAUUCCCCACCAAGAGCAGAAAGAAGUCAUUCCCUCUCAAUUUGGAGAGCUGCCCCCGGCCCUGGGAGAAGAGCACCAGCAGCCCCGGCGCUGCCGACCGGAGGGCCGCCCCGUGGGCUGGGGCCACCGGCUGGACAGCUUCCCCCCCGGGCGCCCUUCCCCGAAGAAUAUGCACCAGAUCUGCCACCCCGAGCGCAAGCACGUGGUCUACGGCCCCUGGAACCUGCCUCAGACCGGCUACUCCCACCUCAGUCGCCAGGGAAAUGCCCUCAACUUCCUGGAGACGGGCUACACCCGCUGCUGCCACCUCCCGAAAGACCAGCUGGAUUGCGCAGAGUUUGUGUGGGCAGAUGCCCUGUUUCGGUUCUGUGAGUCUGAAUUCUCAGUCAAGACCAGAGCCUAUUCGUGCUGUUGGCUUCGGGGGGAGGCCCGCCUCUCCUGCUUCCAAGAGCGCGCCCCCCAGGCGGACUACGAGCGCCUCCAUGAGCCCUGCCCCCCUCCCACCCCCAGGCCUGCCCCUGGCCUGGAGCUGUCCUUUCCCCCCGGAGUCCCCUCCCCGGACAACGUUAGGAACAUUUGCCGGCUACGGCGAUUCCGAUCCGUCCCCCGAGGACUCCCCACCAUGGACCACGUCCAGCGGCAGCUCCGGGCCCUGACGCAGCUGGAGGGCAAGUUCAGGCGCUGCUGCCACCAAGGAGACAACUACACCUGCGCGCGGCAGGCCUGGGAGGAGGCUCUGGACAGUUACUGCGACGAGGAGCUGGCCAUUAAGACCCACCACCACGUGUGCUGCCAGCACCCCGCCAGCCCUGCCCGGGACAUCUGCUUCGCUCGCCACGCCCCCUACCCCAACUACGAUCGGGACAUCUUGACGGUGGACCUCAGCCGGAUCACUCCCGACACCAUGGCCCAGCUCUGUGGACACCGCAAAGUCCUCACCAAGCAUAAGCACAUUCCUGGGCUUAUCCGGAACAUGACAGCCCGAUGCUGUGAGCUGGCACCACCAGAACAAGGGUUCUGCGCAGAGGAGGAGAAAUCAGCCUUCAUCAGAGAUCUUUGUGGCUCCCGACGUGACUCGUGGAGGGAUACUGAAUCCUGUUGUGACCAUUCCCCGGGGGAUGAACAGACCUGCUGCUUCAAUACUCACUACCUAAGGAACGUGGCCUUGGUGGCUGGAGUGCCCCAGAAACCCAGAGGCCAGCAAGGGACAGGAACAACUGAAUUACCUCUUGUCACCCCCACCCCAGAGCACAAAGGAGAAUGAACCAAAGCUGGCUAAACUUUAGUGAGGACCUGAAAGGGGAAGGAAAUCUCUUUCCCUCUACAAACUGUCUUUCUAAUAAAUACAUUGGUCUUGGA